UGUCUCUAUCAGAUAUCCACUGUUCUAAAUUUGAGGUCGAGUUAUGGUAUAAAUUGAAUGGUUUGUCUUUCCUAAAUCGUAUUCCUCCGAUACAUAUACCGAAACAUACACCUCAAAAUGAACGCUUUGAUUUUCUUCACUUGCGUCGUAGCCUGCGCCAGCGCCAGCGGAUAUUACGGUGGCGCCCACUUGUACGCUACCCACGCCGUGCCAGCAGGACCUGCAACUCUUGUAGGCGCGUCUGGUGUUGUCGGUCCUCACGGAGCAGUAGGACCCGCCGGUGCCGUGAACGGACACGGAGCCGUUGGACCAAACGGAAUCCCUAACGCAGUGCACGGUGGAAUUAUUGCCGGACAUGGUCUUGGUCUUGGAUACGCACACGCCGGAAUCGCACACCUCGGUUACGCACACGCCGGAAUUGCCCACCUCGGUUACGCUCACGCCCACGAUGAUGGACAGUGGCACGGUGAAGGUCUCUGGGAAUCUCAGGAUCAUGCGGCGCGUUUCUACGGACACGGAUGGUAAAACGUUAAGGCAUGGGAUACCGUUACCAAUCUCCUGUAUAAAUAUUUAUUUAUCUAUAGAUACUUAAAAACAAUUACAUCCGUCCAUCCACA